GUCGCGAUUGCAUCAGCUCUCGGCUUUCGAAUUUGCGCGGCAUUACCACUACCAGCAGGCAUCGCAACCCUGGACACUGGCACAGGAGGAGCGAGAGCCGGACAAGUACCAGGUGCGCUUCACAGAGGCGAAGCUUGCACGCGGGGUGGCGCGGAGCAAGCUUGCCUGCGCCAUCGACUACCAGAUCAAGGAGCAAGGCGGCGUGGGCUGGUUGCCGCUCGGCCAGGGCGAGCGAGCUCAGCCGUAUCGGCACGACUGGGUCAUCGCGGUGCGCAAGCGGCCGUAUGUGCCCGUCAUCUACGGCGCCCAGGGCUGCCGCACGGAAGAGGAGCAGGCCCAGAAGAUCAUGCUGCUCUUCUGCCCUUGGACCACCAAUGCCGCAGAUGCCACGGCCGAUGUGCCCUUCGUCGCAGACCUGAUGGGCGGUUGCAACACGUGGCGCGAUGCCCUGACACUGUGGUUCUCCAAGCGAGGCUUUGCCACGGAGUCUCUGCGCCGCUACGUCCGGAACUUCUGCUUCGUCUACUGUCUACCGCGGGAGCUGCAGUCCAAUGGGGACCUGGCAGAAAACAGCGACAACGAAGGCAUCGAGGACCGGGAUGCUCCGGAACACUUCGACGCCAACGACCUGCAGGCUGCUCUGGUCACGCACGUGCGGGGCAGCGGGCGGGCAGAAGAGGAGGCCGACGGUGCUG